AUGUGCGACUUUUCGGAAUAUGGCCCCAAAUCUGCUGAGUGGCUUGCGGUAGAGGCAAGUCUCCCGCCUCCCCCAACCUUUGCGGAUAUCUAUGAGAGACAGGCCGUAGUCAACAAAGGCCGUGAGGAGAUAUCUGCCAAUGGCAUGAAGGAGCUGGGCCACUUGGUCCGCAUGAAAGACUACAAGAUUCCUACGAGAGACAGCUCUUUCAUAGAAGCACGAAGCUAUAGGCCUGUCGAUGCUGCCGAUGAUGCUCGCCUACCGAUUUACAUCCACCUUCAUGGCGGUGGAUAUUUAUUCGGCACUCUAUCGUCUGAAGAUGCCAUCUCCUCGCGAAUUGCAAUUGGUGCGAAAGUUACCGUUGUCAAUGUGAACUACCGUCACACGCCGGAUCAUACAUUUCCAACAGCUUGGAAUGACGUCGAAGAUGCUUUCUACUGGGUGCACGACCAUAUCGAUGAGCUUCAAGGCAAAUCUGACCAGGUUGUCAUUGGAGGCAUCAGCGCUAGCGCUCAGUUAGCCGCGGCCUUGACUCUGAGACAGAACAUCUCUGCACCAGAUAUCCGCCAGUAUCCCAAGAUUGCUGGUCAGAUCCUGAUGAUCCCAGCUUUGGUCCACCUCGACCACUACCAGUCUCAACUUGACCAACUCACUAAUCCCUUGGUCUCUUCAUAUGUCCAGAAUGAAGACGCACCGAUCCUUCCCAAGAAGGUCAUUGACUUCUUUACCGGAAUGCUUAAGUUUCCGGUUCCUUUUCCAGAUGCUGAUGAUUUUCGAGCAAACACUGGAAACGCAUCGGUUUCUCAGGUGAAGGGGCUUCCUCCUACUGUCUUCGGAAUCGCUGGUGCAGAUCCUCUGCGGGAUGAGGGCCUCUUAUACGGGAAGAAGCUUGCUGAGGCAGGAGUCCCAACCGAUAUUCACGUCUUCAAAGGGUUACCUCAUGGCUUUCGUAGGUAUGGAGACCAAUUGAGUGAGUCUAAGAGAUGGGAUAGAGUUAUGGAGGAGGGAAUUAUUUGGGCCCUCUCGAGCCCUGAGGCUAGACAAUUUGAAGUCAAAACCGCUUAA